AUGACUCUGGGCAGGAAAAAUCCACAAGCUACUUGCUCACGAGAGAAGCAUUAUCGCUGUUCCAUGGCAGGGUGUGAUAAGACCUUCACCCGGUUGUCUCACCUCCAACGACACUCGCUGAACCACUCAGAGACCCGCUGGGUCUGUGGUCGAUGCCAUGCCUCGUUCAAGAGAUUAGACCUGCUGGAAAGACACAAAGCGCGCCAUACGGUCAAGGAUGGUCUGGCCGGUGGUGCAGGGCUAGGCAUACUCCAGACCCGCCGGAAAACUAUAUCUGGUUCCCGUAUGGCUAGGGUUCCACUCUCCCCUCGGCCUUCGGGCCUGGAGCAGGAUACAGACAAGGUCGAGCCCUUCACGAUACCGGCACAACCUGGUUCCUCUUGUCAAAUCGACGCCCAGAUUCAAGAUGGAGGCACGGGUGGUAAUACAGUUGCGGGUCAACAGCUGUCCGGACGCCAUUCCCUGAGUUCUCAGCCACAACUGCAUGCAGCGCCCAUUGCGAAUACUGACUCUUUAAACAUGGAUGAACUAAUUAAUAUGUAUUACGACACUUCCUUUGAUGCGGUGCACUUUGAUGUAAUGGGCUUGGCCCUCUCGCCUUUAGCCACGGGUCAGACUCUACCUCAGAUUGAAGUAGAGGAACAGAACCACCACCAGGAGGUACAGAAUCUUCACCCUACCCCUGACAGGCCAAUUAGCCGGGAGUGUACAGAAGUCCUGUCCAGUGGUCCAGAAACGGCCAUCCCAAGACAUGAUAGUCGGCCGGCAUGCAUUGUGCAGAACACCACUAAUAUCACCCCAUUUCGACGCGAUCCGAUGUGUCUCGAGCCCCUUAUACACGACGUGUUCCUGCAGAAUGAUGGGAAUGAGGAGGCCCAAGGUGUCACUCUCCCAGGUGGCAGGAUCGCCCUUUCCGUUUCCAAACGAGACGAGAUUCUCAGGCUUCUAUCAGAAAUACGUCCAGUGACACCAGAAGGCACCAUCAUCGAUGGCAAUACAGCGCUCUUGUCAAUAGACAAUAUGCAAGACUAUAUCAGUCUAUUCUGCCGCUUUUUCAAUUCCUCCUACCCGAUGGUCCAUUUGGCGACUCUUGACAUAGAAGGAGGAGACCCUGUCUUUCUACUCUCCAUAAUCAUUUUAGGUCAGACAUACAAGAACAAAGACACUCAUCAACUGUCCGUGUAUCUAUACGAUGCCCUGGUGCCGUAUAUCCUUAGCGGACUGAUGAGCGUUCCGAUGCCCGAUCUAUCGAUGCUACAGGCUUUUCUUAUUCUUGAAUGCUAUGGCAUGUAUCGAGCUGGCCCGUAUCAGCGCGAAAAUGCUAUGUUGAUUCAUACCCUUCUGUUUGGUGCCAUUCGGCGGGUAUCCCGAUACCAUGUUCGCGGGGGAAUACUGCUCCCUAGUCACCUAGUCCAACCCGACCUGGACUGGAAGGGCUUUGCCUACGCCGAGCAAUAUAAAAGACUAAUUCUCUUCGUCUUCAUGUGGGACACGCAAAACGUAUUCUGCUACUCUGUGAUGCCUAACAUGUCCACACACAACAUCCAAGUCCCGCUUCCAUGUUCCCAAGAGUUGUGGGAAGCGCCCAGCGAGACAGCCUGGGAACAUAUCCGGAAAUCUCACACUGAGCCAGCAUACUUCAAUAGCAUGAUCAAAGACCUCAUCCAAGACGGAGAUAAAUUUCAAAGCCUCCCAAUGGACAGUUUAUCACUUACGCUGGUUCUUCAUGGCAUUAUGUCCAUGUGUAAUGAUAUUGCGCAUUUCGACAACAAGUCUAUAUGCCUAAGCGAUAUAGACCACGGCGGGGAACAAUGGAGACCAUGGCGAAGGAGGAUGGCCCAUGCCCUGGAGACGUGGAAAGCACACUACGACGCCUACACCAUGUGCCAAUUUCAGAGCAUGGGAGACAGGAGCAAUCACAGGCAAGAGAAUGUUGCUACUCUGGCACUGUAUCAUACCGCACAUAUUGUAAUCAACUGUGAAGUCCGUCACCUGCAAGCUGCUGCCGGGGCUAAGGCUAUCUUUGGACAUAUAGUGAUGCCAGAAGAUCGCCAUAUAUCUGAGGACUGGAUCAGGAAUUGGGUCAGCACAAAUGGGACAGCCGCAGAGCAGGCAGCAUGGCAUGCGGCGCAGAUGAUACGUGAAGGGAUUCUCAAUUUGAGAAACUGGGAUGUAAACGGUGUAUUCCACUACCCGUGGUGCUUGGUUAUAGGGACGCUGACGUGCUGGGCGUUUCAUUGCUUCGGUGGCGAGAUAUCAGAUGCCCGUGAGAUAUGUAGACAUCCUCAGAGAGACAUGCCCCAGACACAGUCUAGAGUGUUGAUGAACCAUAUGGUCUCGCUAAUGGGGUCCGUAUCCCCAGCGAAUAUUCGCCGCACUUUGGGAAAGUGCUGUACGCAUGGUCUUACUGUUGAAGUCGCCCGGUAUUUGAGGAGUGUGCGUUGGACUGCGGCAUAUGAGGCCAUGAAGCUACUGAUGGCGCUAUCAACCAGGCCCUGA